AAGGAAGCGGUAAAACGAUGCCUAUCAUUUUCGUGCUGCUGUUAUGAGAUUACAGCUUGCUAAAAACGUUUUGAGGUGGUUUAUUUGAACGCUGGAUAUGCCCGACAGCAUUAUGAGUGUGGCGUGGAAUUCUAACCAGGAAAUGCUGUUUGACGCCUCGGCAGAGAGGCGUCAUGUGUUUUGUGAAAAACAUGAUGGGCAUUUUCCCCAUUCACGAUAGAUCGUCUUUGUUCGGGACAGUGCCAGCUGCCGCGGGGUCUGCAUGACAAGGUGAAGCUUGCGUGAGCGGCGGCCCUCCUGCUCCCGUAGACCUUCUGCUUCGUGUGAAGCGCUGGAUGACGGGGAAGAGAUGGAAGAAGUGAUCUCCCUCAGCUCAGACGACUCCGAUCUAGAGAUCGUCGGCUCUUACGGUGGCUUCACCAAGUCUGAGCCCCCACCGCCGCUGUCAGAGGUUCGAGUGGAUGUCGAAGCGGUAAACGUCAACAUCCCACGGCAUUACAUUGACCUCACUGAUCCAAGAUGGGCUUGUCCAGAGCUCAAGCUGCGCCCAAGGUUUAACAUCCCAGGCUCAUCUGUUAUAGACUUGACUGCAAAUGAGAUAAAGGAGACAAAGCCAGAGACAAAGAGCUCCCUUGACUUGACUGAGACAAGAGUGACAAAGCCAGAAAUAAAGGACUGCUUUGAAGUUGGUGACAGUCAGUUCAACCAAAGCAUUGUGAAUAAAAAUAAUGUCUUAAAUGGCCAAGGUCUUAAACUACAAGAAAACUCUUCCGGACACUCCCACAUCUUCCCUCUGCAGCAGGACUGUGGCACCCAAAGUCCAAAGCAGAGACGAUUGAAUUCGCCGAUGCAACCACAGAAGCAGAACCUUGCAAUACAACCCUCUCAGGAUGCACCUAAUGUGGAACUAGAUCAAUUGCCUUUCAUCGAGUCGCAUAUCAAGAAUCUGAAAAGAUCAGGCAGUUGUGUUCAGCUAACCAAAGAUUCUCCACAGAUGUCACAGUGUUUUAAACCAAACAAUCGCUUUGAAGCACAAGAAUCUGCAACUAGUUCAGACAUAGUUUCUUCUACAUUAUAUGUUUCUCUCACAGAACCCGCGGUCCCUAAGUGUCUUCCUAUCAUGUUGAAAACUACAACAAAAGAACAUGAAACCCCCCAGGAAUAUACAAACAACCUGUUGCAAGAUCAAGCAACGCAGGACCUACAAAUUCCAACUGACUGUCCUAUUGUGGGACAUGAUGAUGCAAACUUAAAGCAGCACAAAACUAUGGAAAAUAAGCUAGAUGGCUUUCAUUCAUCUGACAUGAUUCCAUCAUCAACUUCAUAUCAAGAUAAACCUCAAAAAGAAGCUAUUUGCUCCAAUUUGGAAAAGCUGGAUUUAGAUAAUUCAGAUUCUGGACAAAGAUCUCCCUCCAAUCAUCCUUCCUCUCAGUCUUCUCAAAGUUCUAAGGCUGACUCUGUCUCAUACCCAAGUUCCAGUCCUCUCAAUCAUACAAACCGAGGUGGCCAAUCACCCAGGUCUCCCUACAUGCCUAGUGAAAAGAUGCAUGAGUGGGAGCUGCAGUCACAGACCUAUGAAGAGGAUACCGGAGGUGAUAGUCCGGUGUCCUUGCCUUGGCAAGGAGAAAGCGAUAGAGAAGACAUGAAUGAAGAGAGCAGAUGUUGCACAGAUUUCCGAGAGGCCAGUAGAGAGGAUCGUAGACAUGUGUGCCCAAUCACUCUUAAGAAAUUAAUGGCUGGACACCAUCAAGUCCUGAAUGACAUUUCUCUCUGUCACCUGCCACCAGUUGGAAUGGAGAUCGAUAAAGAUAAUUUAAACCCUAAAGCUCCUGAGGUGCUGUGUCGUCAGAGCCUGAGUCUGGUCUAUAGUACAAUCGAGGAGAACUACCCAGAAGGCACUUUGCAGCUGCUGUCUGACCUACUGCAGCCUGGAUACUAUCCUCCCAAAGAUAUAACCACCCACCUUCUUCGUGGUAUCCUGCUUGACCCACACUGUCCCUAUCAUCUCAGCUUGCAGGCUUAUAAUCUGCUUAUGAGGACUCAGAGACACCACCGGGCUAAUAGAUCCUCUGUUCCGUGGGAUUGGGAGUUGCUUACCUCGGUUAUGUCCAAUCAGCUUGAGCAGAGCAAGCAACAAGAUGAUGGCAAAAAGGAAAAUCAAUGGGACAUUAUCUGCCUGCUUUUGGAGUACUGUGUGCAGACUUUAGAGGAUGACUUUACUGCCAGAUGCUCUUCAUCUUCCCUCAGCCAUUCCAUCGCAAAGGCAACUCUGUCAUGUGACCGGCAGUUUUCUCGGGUCAGAGAUGUUAUCAAGUGGCUGUUUUGUGUCAUUAUGAAAACAACCGAAAAUGACGACAGCAAAGAAGGAAUCAAAAUUAAGGAUGAGCAAAUAAGAAUAGUGUCCGUCUUCCAAAGGAUGCUGUCUCUGGCCCUGGAGGUUGACCGUUCUCCUGCUCUGAACUCUGCCAAGCUUUCCGAUGAGCUCUUCCAUAUGGUCCUCAGCCACAUGCCUCUAAGAGCACACAGGAUGUUGUUGUUGGAGAGCCUGCAGAGUAAGCUGCUGAGCUGUAAGCUGUUGGAACAGUUGCUGGACUAUGCAUGCCCAGAGAAGGUCUCUAUUCCCAUGUCGCUUAAGCUGCUGCUUCACUUUCUGAAGAACUGCACUCUAGCUGCUGACCCAACGGAUGGCUUGGAGCGCUGGCGAAAGUGGGAAGAGUUGAUCCAUCUUCUCUGGAUGUUACUGCUCAGCUAUAGCAAAGCAAUGAAAGUCUCGCAGAACAUCUAUGGGACGUGGCAAACGAACACAUCUCGACCUCGGAGCCCCAUCUUGCAUUUUACAGGACUUGAAGAAUCUGCUGCUGACAACUUGGUCAGCGCAGAUACCGCAGCACAUCUUCGUGGGUCUAAUGAGUCCAUAUCUUGACAGAUCGCUGCUGUUAUGGCAGCAUAAGAAAAACCAGAACACCAUUAGCCAGAUGAUACCUGAUCAGUGUAUUUCCUUUUCCUGCUCUCACCUUUAUUGCCCACCUUCCUGUCACAGUUGCAAUUAAAUUAAGUUGUAGAUUUGUUUAGUGUUUUUUUUUUUUAACUUUUUUACUCAAUUAUCUGUAAUAAAAUUUUGCUUUGCCAAGUGGUUUGUUAUAUAUUGACAUGUAAACUGCAAUGUUUGUUCCUUGUGAAUGCACUCAUAUGCUAAAGUUACUUUUUUUGCUGCUCUUUUUACCACUUUUCUGAAUAUUGAUUGUAUUAAAGGUCUAACUGGUCAUGGUCACUAAACAAUGAUGUGCUCUUAGUUUGAAGAGGUCAUAAAUAGUAUUACUUUUUGCAAACUUAAUUUUAGAUAUUUAGAAGUCUUAAAAGACCAGGUCAAAAAGUAUAUUUUACUGUUUCAUAUUUGUAUACUUGAUAAAGAAUUGGGGCUUACACUGUGAUGCAUAAAAUUAGGUUGAUGCUGGUAUUAACAUUUAAGAAAAAAUUUUUUCAU